GAUCGGAAGAGACACGGAGGAAGAGGAAAGAUAAAGGAGGAGGAUAUCGGUACGGUGAGCCAGCCGGUGAAGCACGAAUUCGUCGCGAAAAAGGAAUCGUUCUCCUCUCUUUCUCUCUCCCCCUCGAUCUCUAUCCAUUUCCACUCGAUGGGCUUUACCGGUGAAAGAAGGUCAAAGAUCGAUCGUCGAGUACGAGGGUCGUGACCUCACGCAUACACGGGACAAGCCACGCGUGCAGCACGGCUUUCCAGCGAGAAGGUGGAUCGGCGAGGAGUAGCAAGAGAAAGAAACGGAGAGAAAGAAAGAGGAAGAGACAGAGGGAGAGAGAGAAAGAGAAUUUGUGGCCUGCCGGUGAUUCGAUUUGAUCAAGGUGGAUCUGUCGUACGUACGAUGAAGCCGAUCGAUCGCCGAACCUCUGUUCGAUCGACGCGUUAGGCGUUGUUGUCAAUGCUCGCCGCUCGUGGACGUACAUUUUCGCGUAGAUUAGAAGAGCUGCCAAACCGAUUCGGGACCACGUUGCGUCGAAAAUUCGGACGAAAGCGAAGAACUCUAACAACGGAUCGGCGCUCGAUUAGAUGGGCACCGUGGCAUAGAAGAACGAUCGAAACGGAUCAUCGAGGAUCGGCGCACGUGCCUGAAACGCGAAACGCGCUGUGCGAGAUACACUCGGAGAUAGCUGAUCCGCGAGAGGUAACGAUAGAUCAACGUGAAUCGCGUAGGACGGAGGAAUCAUAGAAAUCGCUAAAAAGGGAAAAGUAAAAAAAGAAAAGAGAAAAAGAGGAGAACGGAAGAGAAAUUAGAGAAACUCGACGAAUUAGGGAAUUCUCGACGCACUUGAACAAACAACUCGCAUCGUGGAGAAAAAGCACCGACCAAUUUAGUAUUACGAUACGUAAUCGUAGAGUUAUCUGAGGAGCAGCAGCGAAGCGUAGAGACGUAGCGAUCAAUCUCACGGAAUCCCCCACGAGAAGGCGGAAGGAACAUUCGCGCCAACUACGAACCAUUACGAACCAUUACGAACCGGGAGGAGAACGAUUGAUAGAAAUUAUAUAGGAGAAUAUAGCAGGUAUACAAUGUCGCGGGAUCCGUACUCAAGCGGAAGCGGAGUAGUCGGGCCAGGAGGUGGCACUCGUUCGCCUCGAAGCGGUCGUCGCGUGGGCGAGCUGCCCACGGUCGACCGUAGCCCAUCGAGAAGCUAUGCGAGCGGUCGGGGCAGUCCUUUGGGUCGUAAGAGAGGCACUCGUAGCGGAAACAAUUCGCCGGAGCACCUCGGAUACGGCAGCUACCAUCACCAUCAGCUGGGCAGUCCGUACUACUCCCGCGACGAGGACCUCGCCAGUCCCGUGAUGCUCGAGGAGAGGGGUAGGAGUAUGUCGACCGGGGGCGGUGGGGGCGGACAUCACAGAUCCAGAAGCGCCUCGAGACCCGCCAUGUCCAGCUCGGCGGGCAUGUCAGCGAGGUACACCAGCCUCGAUCGUGCAUCCGCGGGUCUUCUCGAUCACGAUCGCGAGUUCGUGCCGAUACGCGAUCCCCGUGAACGUAGUCGCGACCGUGGACUCUACCUGGAAGAUGAGCUGUACGGUUCAAGAUCGGCCAGACAGAGCCCGAAUCCGCACAUGCUGCGUGACAGCAGUGGCUAUAUCGGUGAACUCCAAAAUCAGAACAACGAUCUCCAACGAGAGCUCGGGAACCUCAAGAAGGAGCUCGAGCUGACGAACCAAAAGCUCGGCAGCUCGAUGCACAGCAUCAAGACCUUCUGGAGUCCCGAGCUCAAGAAGGAGAGAGCGCUGAGAAAAGAGGAGAGUUCCAAGUACAGCCUGAUCAACGAACAGCUGAAGCUGCUCAGCUCCGAGAAUCAGAAACAAAGUAUGAUGGUUCGUCAACUGGAAGAGGAGCUGAGGAUGCGGAUGCGCGGGCCAAGCGUCGAGAUGCAACAGCAAAUGGAAGUUUUGUACAACGAGAACGAGCAUCUGACGCGAGAGAUCGCCAUACUUCGCGACACGAUUAAGGAAUUGGAAUUGAGAAUAGAAACGCAGAAGCAGACCCUGCAAGCACGAGAUGAAAGCAUUAAGAAGUUGCUCGAGAUGCUUCAAAACAAGGGGAUGGUGGCAUUCCAGGCAGUUUCUGAAAAGACAGAACUGAAGUGAGACAAGGAAAAUUGACGUAAAUCUUGUAGCUUAUUAACUUCUUGUUUUAUAAUAGUAACAAUAAGUCACUAAACUCUGGUUCAAUAAACGCAAAACUCACUCGAGAAUUGUUUCAAUUUUAA